CCCAUUAUCAUCUCCCCGUUGAAGAAGGAGAGCUUUGAAUUGAUUGAGAAAUUGAACAAAAAAACCAAAACCCAAAAACAAAAAAACAAACUUUCCACAAAGCAUUCCGUUCAAUGAGAAUUUAAAGGUCUUUUCAUCGAUCAAAAUUAGAAAACAAGCGAGAGAAUAGUGAUUAGCCUCACUUAAGUCUCUUUAAUCUCUAUUUUUGGCUCAUAUUUAUAGAUAAUCACACACAUUUUCAAGGAGACAGUUGAAUUUGGUCCUCUGUGAUCCCACUCAGAAGCCUCUGCUUCGUUCUCAACUCCCAAAUUUCUAAACAAAUCUCCAUCAGAACUCGAGAGCUACCAUUUUAGAGAAGAUUAGAGAAAAUCCACAUGCAUUGAAGCUUUAGAGAAGGGUGAAAAUUAGCCUACAUUGUGAAGGUUGUUUUUGAGAAUAUUAAGGUUCCCCCAUCUAGUAUAGAUCUCAAGAGUAAGUUAAAAGCUCUAAAAUCAUUUGAAGAGAUUGAUUCAAAAUGGUGGAAGGAGGAACUGCAAAGGCCGAUAAGGCAGAGUUCUUAGAAUGUUGGCAGACAUCAUGGAGGACACCUUAUAUUAUGCGCCUUGCUCUGUCUGCUGGAAUCGGAGGACUUCUGUUCGGAUACGACACCGGUGUGAUCUCUGGGGCUAUGCUCUACAUUCGGGAGGACUUUGAAGAAGUUGACAGGAAAACAUGGCUUCAGGAAACCAUUGUGAGCAUGGCUGUAGCAGGAGCCAUUGUGGGUGCUGCAAUUGGUGGCUGGAUGAAUGAUAAAUUUGGUCGAAAAAAGUCGAUUUUACUUGCAGAUGUUGUGUUCUUCGUCGGUGCAAUUGUCAUGGCUGUUGCCCCCUUUCCCGGGUUCAUUAUCGUCGGGAGGCUUAUAGUUGGAUUCGGUGUCGGAAUGGCAUCCAUGACUGCUCCUCUUUACAUAUCAGAAGCUUCCCCUGCUAGAGUCAGGGGGGCUCUUGUUAGUACCAAUGGGUUGCUGAUUACUGGAGGACAAUUCCUUUCCUAUCUAAUCAACCUGGCCUUCACUAAGACCUCGUUAACAUGGCGUCUGAUGCUUGGAGUAGCAGGUUUGCCAGCCGUGGUUCAGUUUGUACUAAUGUUAUCACUUCCUGAAUCUCCUAGGUGGCUUUAUAGACGGGACAAGGUAGAUGAAGCAAGAGUCAUAUUAGAGAGGAUAUAUCCUGCUGAUCAAGUUGAGGAAGAGAUGAGAUUGUUGCAUGAAUCUGUGGAAGCUGAAAAGGCAGAAGAAGGAAAAGUUGGAGACGGUGGUAUAUUUACGAAAGUUAAAGGCGCCUUGAGCAGCCAAGUUGUCCGAAGAGGGCUCGCUGCUGGUAUCGUCGUCCAAGUAGCUCAGCAGUUCUGUGGUAUCAACACUGUCAUGUACUACAGCCCAACCAUCAUCCAGUUUGCUGGAUAUGCUUCCAAUACGACAGCCAUGGCACUUUCUCUGGUUACUUCCUUCCUCAAUGCUGCUGGGUCCGUUGUCAGCAUGAUAUCGGUCGAUAGAUAUGGGAGAAGACGACUUAUGAUCAUCUCUAUGAUCGGGAUUAUCAUUUGCCUUGUGGUGUUGGCCGGAGUAUUCUUCCAAUCAGCUAGCCAUGCUCCAUCCAUCAACGCCAGGGAAUCUACUCACUUUGGAAGGAACACCACCUGUCCAGCCUAUGUCUCAGCUCCAGAUUCCUCUUCCUGGAACUGCAUGUCAUGUUUAAAGAAACAAUGUGGCUUCUGUGCCAAUGGAAAGAGUGAGUAUCUUCCCGGAGCAUGUUUGGAAUUGUCAAAGGACGUGAGGGGCGAGUGUCGGUCGAAGCACCGAGUAUGGUUCACGGAGGGUUGCCCGAGCAAAAUAGGCUUCUUGGCCGUGGUGGUGAUGGGGCUUUACAUUAUUACAUACGCACCCGGAAUGGGAACCGUUCCGUGGGUGUUGAACUCUGAGAUUUAUCCGUUGAGAUACAGAGGAACUGGAGGAGGAAUUGCUGCAGUUUCAAACUGGGUGUCGAAUUUGAUAGUGAGCCAGACAUUUUUGACGCUGGUGGAGGCUCUUGGGGCUGCUGGUACAUUUCUGCUGUUUGCUGGAUUCUCGUUCCUUGGACUUGUUGGUAUAUACUUCUUGGUACCUGAAACUAAAAGCUUGCAAUUCGAAGAGGUCGAAGAGCUGCUCAAGAGUGGGAAGAAGCACAAGGAUGACAUCAAACGCCAGAAGGAAGUUGCUUCACAAUGAUCCUUUUCUUUCGUUUUAGAUUUUGAAGUUACGUGAAGGAGAAACCAUGGAUGUUGAUUUAACCACACUUAUUGCUUCGUUUAAUGUUCCUGAUGAGAAACUUUUAAUAAGUUGGAAUGAACUGUGGACGACAAUAAUGCAUGUGACUGGCUCUUAUUCACUUUA